AGUUAAUUUUGUAUUAUUGACAUUACCUUUUCUGUGAAGAGAUUCUCAAUUCGACUUUGAAUUUUUAAAUCCUGUACAAAAGAAAAUAUUCAAAGAAAACGUUAUUGUACAAAUACUACAAAAAUUUAUCAUUAACAAAAUGUCUAUUCAUAGAAUAAUCCCCGUGUCUAGCUUAGCUCUCCAGUGCUGCCGUUCAAAUUCAAUUUUAAAAAGAAAUUUAGAAAUCAACAAAUUCAGGUUUACAGUAUCAGAUCGAUUAAAGCACACAAAGACACUGAAAACUGAGAAGGAAAAGUUCCGUACAUAUGUCGUCCAAAGAUAUAUUAACUAUGUAAAUAACUAUACAAAGGUUUUAGAGAAUAGAUUCCCAACAGCGGUGAGAAUGUAUAGAGUCUUCAGUGUGGGAAUCAAAGACUUUCUCAAGGACUUAAAGACAUAUAUAUCAUUACGCAUAAAAAUUAAUAAAGAUCAAGGAUUUUCAAAUAUGAGUCGACAAGAAAUAGAAUUGUACCAAAAAAUGCCAUCUGACAUGUGGAGAAUAGCACCCGUGCUCAUAUUAUCCGCUAUUCCAUUUGGAAAUUAUAUUAUAUUUCCAUUAGCUUUCUUGAAACCAAAGACACUUCUGUGCUCUCACUUCUGGUCAAUACAGCAAAGGCUAGAAUUCUCUAUGCAAGAUCUCACUGAACGACUUAAAAAUAAUAAGCCAGUCUUCCGAGCACUUCAAGCAAAAUUAGACUCUAUUCCAAAUAGUGAAAUGCAAAAAAAAUGGAGGCGUAUUUUAGCACUACUCGGUUCUGGAGUACAUCCUACACCUCAAGAGGUACUAGAAUGUAAAGAGCUAUUUAUAAAGGAACCCUAUCAACUGGAUAGUUUAUCCUUUGCACAUGCUGGACACUUAUUAAAAGUGCAUGGCCAAAAAAGGAGUUUCUUUAUGAGGAAUAAAUUAAAGUAUCGAGCUUUUUUACUCUUAGAAAUGGACAAAGCUAUUGUUCGAGAAGGCGGCGUCGACAAAUUAAACAUGGAGACCCUACGGUAUGCUUGUCACAUACGAGGUCUAAAUGGUAGACAUUUAACAAAUAGGGACAUGAGAGAAUGGCUAAAAAAGUGGCUAUUGAUCUCACAAAAUGUCGAUAAAGAAUCUUAUUCGCUACUUUUACACAGUCCAAUAUUCCUUGCGUAUAACCAUCCUCAAAACUGGGUUCUUAUCUAUUAGAUAUAAAAAAUAACGCCAAAUUUUCUGUUGUACAUUUCAUUGCAAACAACUUAUAUUGAGUAUUGCACAGUAGCAGCUUUUUACAAAAAACUUUUCUAAUAUGCUAAAGUUUAUAAUUUCUAUAAAUUAUUAUUCUUUGAUAUUUUUAGCAUGUCAUAUCUAUUUCAAUUUGUUUUUAUAUAUAUUCUAAAAAAAUUUAAUAAUGUAAGUCAUUCCACGAUGACAUGAUGUGUACAAACACAUGGUAAAAGAUCAACUUACUUUGUGACUAGAUGGCUUUGUGUGAUAUUUCCUAGUCUAGACUAUUACACAGUCCAAAAAAGUAGAUUUUUUACCACUAUUUUCUAUAAGUUGCAAUACAUUAUUCGCAAAAGAAAAAUGAUAUUGGAUUAUUGACGAUAUUGUAUCUUGUAUUUACUAUUUGACAAAUUAAUUUUUCUCACGACAAUCAAGUAACGAUUAAAUAUAGCUAUCAGUCAUGGAUGAUGUUGUAAAAUAUGAUCUGAUGUGAUCAUUGAAUUAAAGACAGAAGAUAUGAUUUUAUCUUGUAUAAAACUAUUUUAUUUGAAACAAAAAUUAUAUUUAUUGUUGUAAAUGAAUAUCUGUUUAGCAUAUAUUAAAUAUGUAACAUGAUAUUGUAAAAUUUUAUAUUGUCUAGCAAUACUCUAUGACUGAUGGCUCUCAGUCUACCAUGACUAAUUAUAUAAUGUAAUAGGUGCCUAACGAUAUGUGAUCCAUAAUUAGCAAAAAAUACUUAAAUACUAUGUCACUAUCUAUAAAAAAUAAUAUACAGCCAUUAUCUAGAAGCUGCAUAAACGAUGUAAGUUUGCCAAAUUAUAUAAAAGCAAAUGACAAUUGUACAAGUAUAUAAUGCCACUUAUAUGUACUAUUUCAUUAUUUAUUUUGCAUAGUUUUCCCAGUGGAUAACAUUUGCAAAACAUUAUAACCCAGUUGGUAUUGAAACCAGAGAAUAAUUCCUAUAGAAUAUCUCUCACUGAUACAGAGCGGUGGUACCAUCUAUAUCUUCACGCCAGGUUCCUUGCGAAGUUGGCAGAGAAUGGUGAUAUUAUAGUACUUUACAAUAGUAUUUUAUCUAACUAAACCACCUGUAGUGUUAGCUUCAACCUACCUAGUCUUCACUUACUUCGCAAAGAAUUUGAGUAUUAAUAAACAAACAUAGGUAUAUUAUUUGAUAUAUUUAUUCUUGUUUUAUAUGUGAAUAAAAAAUAUGAAUGUAUAAUAACAUGUUUCUAAGUUUGGACUGUUAAUAUGUGAUUAAGUAUUAAUAAUGGUAACAUCACUUAUUAGUUUUAAAUGAGAUUAAAUAUUCGCGUUUAGUUAUUUUUGUGUGACAAAAAAUUUUUACACAAUUUUUACAAUUAUAAUUAGGGAAAGAGAUUAUUUUCCCUGUAAAAUAGGUUAGAAGGAUUGACUCGUUAUUUAUGUGAUAACACGUAUAUGAAACUCUUGCAGUACUAUUUUGUAAAUGCAAAAUUUUAUUAAAUAUUUUAUUUCUAUAA